UUCCCCGCUGAGCCCGCGAAAUGGCCAGGGGUUGGUAAAGGAACCGUCCUGCACGGUGCUGGAAGCGCAGGGUUCCUCCGGCGGUGCACCUCGCUGGGGCUUGUAAAGAAUUUAAACGGGAAUUUAGGCCAACUGUGCAAAAAAAAAAAGAGUUACUGAUUAUAGUGUCCCAUAUGUAUGUAUUGCAAUUCAAAGUUAAUGUAUCUAAAAAUUAAGGAAUGAAAGUUUAUGGCAAUGCCUGAAGUUGUGAGCACCUUCUGAAUUAAGGAAGACUGGCACUGAAGUAUGUACCUCCUUUGAUGGGUUUUAAUUCAAACCAGUAGGCUUUUGGGUCAGUAAUCACAUACAUAAUGGGAAGUAAUGCAACUUAUGUGACUGGCUGAUGGGAAGUUUGUUAGAAGUAGAAAACCCAAUGAUCUCCUUAUGAUCUUCUGAAAAAAAAAAAACCAAACAACAAAACCUAUUUAAAAUGUGAAACUUACACCUGUGAGUUCUGAAAUCCUGAAGAAGCUGAUGAGUGGACAUCUGUUCAGUAAAUCAACACUGGCUUCAGCACAGCAUGCUUUGUUAAGUCUUGCUUUCCUCCCCUAUGUUUUCAGUUUAUAAUUUAACAUCAUUUUAUCUAGCAUUUUUAAUUUGAUUUAGGCAUUUUAUCCAAAUGUACUUCACAGGUCAAAAGUGAAAAGUUCAGCAUCUUGUAAAUGAAAAACCUAUGAUUUACAGAAGUCUCCUUUAUAUGAACAUGGAAUUGUUUUCUGCUACAGUUUUCCUCUCAGAUGCCUUGGAAUUGCUAUGUGAGUUUGCACAAGGCCUGACAUUCUUGAAAGAGGGACUUUAUGUGCCACCCUUUGAGCUUACCUGACAGGGUUUGGGUUACUUGCAUGCCUGUGUGAACUGGAACUGGGGCAAUCUGGAAUUUGUUAGCAAGAUGAUACAGAACCUGUCCAAGUUAUAAAUUCCACAAUUACGAAAGUUGUAACUAAUCCAGUUUAAAAAAAAAUACAUGCUCUUUUUCUAAAAUAGCACAUACCUGUGAUAAAUAAUUUAGGGUCUAUUCUUUUUGUUUGAGUUCCAUAUUCAUAGGUAUCCAAUAUAUUAGGAGAUGACAGAAAAAAACUAAAAAUGCAAAACAUUUGAUAGACAGCUGCAAUACAGCUGGUCAGAACUAGUCAUGGUCAUAGUCCUAAAUCUGCUUUUUGGAUGGAAUAUAGAGCAAUCUGAGAUUCUUAUAAUUCUUUCUAAAUGUCUUUGCUGCUAUCAGUGGUGGUGAGAAAAGGUCCAGGAAGAUGACCUGGAGCUAUGUAUAUUCCACAUAAGCAACACUUCUCUCCCAAAACUCAUAAUUUUAAAUUUAUUGUUGUUGCAAAGCAUUAAAAAAUGGUAAAAUAAAAUAACAUUAACUGCAGUACAACAAAGCUUAGCUCUUCAACUCUACCCUUCCGAACUUCAGUCCCUUUGUGCUUUUCCUAGUCAGGGAAGGCUUUCCCCCACUUCAGAAUGAGUUAUAAAAACGUUGCUUUAUUUAAUAUGCAGUAGUCAGUAUGAACCUUGGACCUUUUUAAUUAUUAUUUUUAUUUCCUUUGGAAAGUCGUAACUGGCUGGACUUCUCCCUUUCUCCCUUCCGGGAAGCGCCGUGCCUGGGGCAUGCGCGCGGCCAAUGGCGGUGCCGGGGCACGUGGGCGCGGGAAGCGGCGUCCGGCUGCGCCUGGGAAGCAGGAAAGCGAAGUGUCAGUGACAGCAGUGUGGUGCAAUAUGCUGUACAGCUUUUUGUUUGAGGAAGAGGACUGUACAGAUGUCAAAGGAAAUCCACCUAUAUCCAUCUUUCUGGAAUGAUCUCAGUACCUGGCGCGGGCUGCACAAAAAAGGUUUUUUCUUCCUCAACAGACCUAGUGGGUGCUGCUGCCAUCGCCUUGAUAAUGUUGCACUGAUGGAAUCAUGCCCACAGUUGAAGAGCAUUCAAGUUUGCUGAAGGUACCUCAGAAUUGACUUCUAAAUACAGUGACCAUAGAGGAUCAAAGAAAAAUGGUCUUCUGUUUUUCAAAUAUUUGAGUUUGUUGUCUGUAAAAGCAUGGUUGCCUGUGAAAAGUGAAAGAAGAAUCUGGACAGUUUAAAGCUAGCUGGUAGGCGAAGCAAAAUGCUUUGUGUGAGGCAGGUUUGCUUGUUCACACUGAGGCGUUACCAGGCUCGGACUCUGUGUAGUGAUCUGCUUUUGAGCCAGAUAAAUGACUGCACCCAUGAAGAUGAAGUGUUCAGCCUUGUUGGAAGGAACAAGGCCAGACUUUCUGAAAAGCACGUGGGAAAUGCAUUGAACAUGCUGUGGCAAUUGCAAAAGAAGAGGCCCUUUCUCUUAAGGACCAGUGACUACGUAAGAAAUCACUCCCAGUUUCUUACCCUUUGCGUUUUGGCAGAAAACAAGGUGGAGCACAUGGAAGAUGAGGUGAUAGUGGACACCUUGUAUAGCAUCUUGAGGCUUAAUGUUGAAGACCAUAUUUCUCUAGCAAAAGUGCUUGUUACAGAAGCGUGGAAAAGAUUAGAAAGGCUUAGUUUGCCUGCUCUGUCUAAAUUCGCUCUGUGCUUAUACAAGCAACACAGGCACUUCAGUCCCAUAAUUGGCCAAGUAGCUCAUAUUGUGGACAUGAAACUGGAUUCUAUACAGGAUAUAAGGAUCUUGUCAGUUUUGAUGAUCAGCAUAUCUGAAGUUAUCACGGAGAGUUUUCGAGAUCGAUUACUACACAAGGCUGAACAGCUCUUAGAAGAGCAUGAAGCCCACUUCAACUAUGCCAGAAGAACAUUACAGUUUCUCCAAACUGUUAAACUGAAAUAUCAUCCACUGCUAGAAAAAUGCAACAGGAUUUUCCUUAAAAGCGCCUCUCAUCUUGAUAUACGCAGUAUUAGUCAUAUUUUUGGACUGUAUGAGCAGCUGGGUUUUGACAAUGCUGAAUUUCGCUUGCUUGCUAAACAGCUGCUAUCUGAAACUAUAGAUGAUCAUUUUGAUCCUGAAAGAUUUGCAAAGUUAUUUUUUUCUCUUGGGCCUAUGGCAGGAUCCAAGGUUAGAGAAAGGUUGUUAGCAACUGCAGUAAACAUGGCAGAAGAAUUUAGCAGUCACCAAGUAUUGAUGAUACUGAAGACUAUGCGGAAAAUGAAAUGCAGAAAUUCUCAUCUACUCAAAAAGAUGGCUUCUGUUCUGCACAGACACUUGGAUAGCUAUCACGUGUUACAGUUGGUAAAGUUAACGCAGUACUUGGUGGCGUUGCAUUGCCAGGAUCUGGAGCUGUUUGCCAAACUAAAAAUGUUACUAUUAAGUUAUUUAAAAUCUAGCGUGAUACCUGCUGAUACUGCAGCUGUAAUUCGUGUUCUGGCCAUGCUUCCUUCUUUCCAAGUGGAGGAAAUGAUUAUAAACAAAGCAGCAGCAGUUUUGCCUCAAUGCAGACUCCAUCACUUGAAUUACAUUGCUACAGCCCUUGUCAAGUGGAAUCACCAUGGCCAGUUUCACUGGCAAAACAGCUCUGAGCUCUGUGCCAAGCUUCUCCAAAAACUAAAUGACUAUGGAUUUCAGAGGCUUCAGAAAGCCAACAACUUAAAUCUUCUGUUGGAAGAACUUCCAUAUGUGAAUGGAGAGUGGUUUGAAGAAGUCCUGAAUGAGGAAACUCUGGCCAUGUGUCAGCACUUGAGAGAUCAAAUAACAUGGGCAAAUGUUUUACCCUUGUCUUAUUUUCUCAUAAAAUCAGAGCAUCGUUGUCCUGCAUUAUUUGACAGAAUAGCAUCUGUGACUGUUGAAAAUAUAGACAAGAUUCCCACCUCUGAAAUCUAUUUUAUUCUCUUCCUUUUCUCUGCUUUGAAUUAUGACCCUCCUGACAAUGAAGAAUUCUUUAAGAGUUGUAUCCAACAUCUUACUUCUAACUUGAGUCAUCUUGAAACUCAUCACUUGGUGCUGCUUGGUCAUGUUUUGGCAAUGGCUGGGUAUUUUCCUCCAGUUCUGAUAACAACAAUAUUUAAUGUUUCCUUCCUAAGCAAACUGGAUGCUCAACUUCAAGUCCUGCCUGAUAAGGUGAAGAAGAGAGUCCACUUGAGCCUCAUGAAAUUGAACAGAGCAGUCUGUCUGGAGUGCCCAGAGUUUCACAUCCCCUGGUUUCAUGAGCCAUACUGCAAACGUGUCUUUCAUAACAGCAUGAGCCAAAUAAAUCCACAGCGACAGCAUAUUCACAGGAUGCUGACAGAGAUCUUAGGAGGGAGCCAUUACUCAAGAGUAUCUGUUGUCACACCAUACUACUAUGAAAUAGAUUUUGAGUGUGUCCUGGAUGUAAAUAAAAAGCCUCUUUCCUAUGUGGCUCAGAAUAUAGCUUUGGGUGGUGUGGGGGGAAUACACUUGAGACAUGACAUCAAGGAUGAAGGGAGAAAGGCUCUGCCACCAGGAGCCCAAAGAAUUGCUUUGGAAUUUCUUGAUUCAAAAGCCUUUAGCAAAGAUUAUUCACGUCAUCUGAAAGGAGAACCUGCAGUGAAAAAGCGACACCUGGAAAUGCUGGGGUACCGAGUUGUUCAGAUUCCUCACUUUGAAUGGAAUUCCAUGGUUCUGUCAACAAAAAGUGAACAGCUGGAAUACCUGAGACAGCAGCUAUAUGGAAUACAGUGAUAUCAGACAUGCCUUCUAAAGUACUUUUAUAAAAACAGUUGAUGUGUCAUCAAACGUCUCUGGAAUACAGAAGUUUCAAAAACCUCUUUGUCUGUAUCAGCUAGAAAAAAGCUUGCCAAGGUCAUCAGAUGUAAAGAGAUUUAAUCCUCAUUUCGUUAGGGAUUGCAAAAGGCAGGUCCCAGUGGGCUGUGAAGAUGUGAUAAGGAUGCUUAAAAUUUCUCAUUAUCUGGAAGAUACUACAAGCACUUGAAUCUGGCAGUUUUGCAAUCAAAUUACAUUAUUAUUUCCUAAAUAAAUAGCACAGAGGCUUAGCCAGAUAUAAAACUCUCCACAGAAAAAGUUGGAAAUACUAUUGACUAGGAGAGUGGAGUCAGCGAUCUACUGGAAACUAUGUCUGUUCUCCAGCAUGUGACAGAAGAAGCAGUUAGGAAUCAAACAGUAUCUGUACUCUGAAACCAAGAAACUGAAAUGCAGAUUUUCUAAGAAUAAGGCUGCUUUUAGAGCCAUUCAGUUUCCAUUCUCAGAACAGAGGUACUGUGGAGGACUGUGCUGGGGGAGAGUUGUGUGGUGAGGAACCUCCAGCUGCUGCUCCUACCCUGUGAUCUGGUGUGUGCAUAAGAAUGGCCGAGCCUUCUGGAACACCUUCACAUACUGGAAAACCCAGCCAGGGUUUGUGCAGGAGGUAUAAGACACUGAGAUGCAGAAGGAAGAAGUGGAAUAGCCAGGAGAAUGUUCAUUGUGGAGCAGUAACUGCAGGGACAUCAUGCUUGGCAAAUCAUCCCAUUUCCAGAGGCAGCCACAUUGUGCCUACAGCUGCCAUCACCUUAGGGUGACUGCCAGCUGUGCCUGUUUUCUCACAUGUGCAAAGAGGAUAUGUUCUCUUGCUUAUUUAGUAGAGACAGGACACAUUCUUUUAUCACUUCACCUGAAACCUGGCAGAGAUAAGCAACUACAUAUCUGAAUUGGCCAUUAUGCAUCUGGCUGUCACUUUUUUUUUUUUUUUACUAUUCAGUAGAAGAAGAAAAGUGUUUUAUUAACUGAAUACAAGUCAGGACAGGAAUGGAAAGUCAGGAAAAAAACAAAAUAACUGAUCUAAGCUGUAAGGUACUUUCCUCCUGAGGCAGCCCUCAUGUGUGUGGGAUGACUGACAAAACUAGUCAGAUGGUAGUCUAGACACUCAGGGUUAUCAAAUGGACAAGGGCUCCAGGAUGUAAUGACUGCUUUGAGGAAAUGUUUUUGAAGGCACAGCACAUAGAUUAUGUGUGCAUUAGAUUUUGUAUAAAAUGGAGAAGACAAUCACAGGUUAGUAUUUCAGAAGGUGGACUACUUGUCAAAGAGGUCUGGCAUGACUGCUUCUGUACAGAGCCUUCAAGUAGCAGCCUCGGAGCAUAAGAAAGGUGGCAGUGGAUGAAGUUAUCAGUCAGGGUGGUUGUAUUUGAGCUGAACACUGCUUUUCAGGGUUCUAGCAGUCACUGUACCAAGCCAGUUUUCUUCAAAUUAUGUAUGGGUAAAGUUAUGAGUAUGCACAAUGGGAAGAGGAUUGAAACUUGAUAUGAGUGGUCUUGAAAGGGCAUUGAAGAAAACCAGAAAAAGCAAUUCAGUAAAAUGUGUUGUUCUUGA